AUGUUUGUUGCUAGACAACGAACGGACCAAUAGGAGCUGUUUUGAUUUGUAUCCUGUUGUGUCUCGCGGAGGUUUCUUUGAUUAGCUUGUUUUCAAGAGUAAUUUUAAAUCAAACCACCUCGCAGAUAAGAACCCGAGGAACACGUAGGAGGGUCUUGUUGUCAGAUUCUGUCAUCUGCACAUGCAGUGAAUGAUCCAGAGCCACAGUCUGACGGCACACAGCUUGUAAUGAUGCCAGAAUCCUCCCCAGUCAAGGAUCAUUAUGGGAUCUCUGUUGAAUGUGGAGCACCCCUCUUGAGGCACUUUAGCCAGUCCUCACUUCCACUGCACAGAAAUACCAACGUUCAAAGUGCCUUUUGCACGCAGCAAAAUGUGCAGGAAUGUCUGUCCCACAUCAAUCAGGAGGUGUCAUCCCUCGGCCUCCCAACGGUUUGGGUGGAGUUGGACGAGAGCUCGGACCUGAAUGUUGUGACAGUCCUGAACUGCAUGUAUGACCUGAUUCAGCUGCACCACAGGAGCCUCAGAACUCUGGAAAACAUAGAAGUGGAACAGCUAAAGUCAAACAGCAAGUUGGACUACCUGCAGCUCUCUACCACUCGCCUAAAGGAGCAGCUUGAAUGUUCUAAAAGGGAAAACACAGGACUUCUGGAAAGAGAACGGCAGCUCCAGCAGAAAGUUAAGAGUUUGCAGAACUGUCUGAAAAAUGAAAAGGAAGAGGUACAAAAGCUUCAAAACAUAAUUGCGAGCCGUGCCACUCAGUACAACCAUGACAUGAAAAGGAAGGAGAGAGAUUUGAACAAACUGAAGGAGCGAUUAAAUCAGCUACUUGCUGAUAAAAAGGAGAGAAAACAAGCCAUUGAUGUAUUAAACAACAUUGGGAGAGCUGAUGGGAAGAGAAGUGUUUGGAAAACAGAAAAGACAGAAGCAAAGCACGAAGGGGAGAUGUAUAAGGCUUUGCUGAGUGACUACGACGCCAGGCAGAGGGACCUUGUGCUGGAAAAUGCAGAGCUGAGGAAAGUGCUGCAGCAGAUGAAAAACGACAUGGUGUCGUUACUCCGCCUGAAAAAACUGACCCAGAACGGAGUCCAGAAUCAAUGCAACGGUACACAGGCACACUCUGAAGAGGAGGAGGAAGAAGACGGGUUUGACCCCAGUAAGGAGCUGUUUUGUGUUCAUGCCUGUGAGAAGUUGACCAACAGCCUUCGCCUGCAGUGGAGAAGACUAAAGAGUCACGUUGAGCAGCUGGACAGCCAAGUAUCCCUGGCUCAGGUGAAUGCCGGUAAGAACAGUGAAACGGUUCCACGUGAGAGUCACGAGGAGGAAAUGGACAAACUGAAGCUUGAAGUUCAACAAUGUAAAGACCUAAUUCAAACACAACAGCAUCUCCUGCAGCAUCAGCUGAACUCUUCCUGUGAUGAGAUCGCAUCCCUGCGGAACGAUGGGUACAUGCUCCAGGAGAAAGAGCGCCUCAGAGGAGAAUGGAAGACUCUGGAGGAGCAGAGGAGCAUUUUUGAUAGGGAGAGGAAGAACUUCACUGAAGCAGCCAUCAGGCUGAGUCACGAGAGAAAGGCCUUUGAAGAAGAUCGGGCAACAUGGCUGAAACACCAGUUUUUAAGUUUGAGUCCAUGUGGAGACCUGAAGAAACCCCUGCUCUCAGAUACUACAGGUGCCUCUUCCACAGGUGAAACUGAAUUGAAUCUACUUUUGAUUCAAGAGCAACUCACUGAAAUCCCUUCAGAAUCUGCCUCAGCAAAGUAUGCCUCAUCCAGUUCACCCUUAAAGAUGGACCUAGAUCGUGCACUUCACACAAUUCCCAAAAAUUGCUCAAAUAAAUUGAAGGCAAAGACUACAGACAUUGAAGAAUCAAGAAACCUUAAUGAAGAUACUCCCAUACUGCAGGAGCUGUGGAACCAUGAGACAAGUCUCAGCAAUCAAUCAUCCAUACAGCAGAAGAACAAGUCUUCAUAAAGUCUUCCUUUUCAAUCAUUAUUUUUAAUACUUAUUUAUAUGUUUUUAAAAAGCUUAA